GCAAGCGAACACCUUAGCGCGCCUCCCUCACAUUUCUCUCGCGAACCGGGGACACGGGAGGAGAGGACUUUAUUAUUCUUCAGCACACGCUCACCGGACAAUGUUUCUCGUCCAGUACACAGGACUAAAUCCACUCACUUUUGACCCAGCCUCAAACAACGAGCCCCUGCAAUUUGGAAACGCCAAUGGUCCACUGAUGACAGAUUGCCCACUGGAGACCAGUGCCGAGAACAGCAAGAAGAGAAAAAGACCAAACCUUCCCACAGAUGGAAUUCGCAGCAUGAACAUGGAUUCUGGUCAGAUGGGCAUGCCUAUGUCAGACCCUGGAGCCUGGGCCACUGCCAUGAACAACCUUGGGAUGGCACCCAUGAGUAUGACUGGGCAGCCACUCAUGUCAGAUUUUGACCCAAGCCUUGGCAUGAUGACAGGCAUUGCUCCAAUGAAUCCCAUGAUGCCCGGUCUUGGUAUCGUUCCCCCGCCAAUCUCCCAGGACAUGCCCGUUGUAAAGGAGAUAAUACAUUGCAAGAGUUGCACCCUGUUCCCUCCCAACCCAAACCUGCCGCCUCCAGCUACCAGAGAGCGUCCUCCCGGGUGCAAAACAGUGUUCGUGGGAGGUCUGCCAGAGAACGCCACAGAACAGCUCAUCGUGGAGGUGUUUGAGCAGUGUGGUGAGAUUGUGGCUAUCCGGAAGAGCAAGAAGAAUUUCUGCCACAUCCGCUUCGCCGAGGAGUGCACUGUAGACAAGGCCCUCUUCCUCUCCGGGUAUCGGAUCCGGUUGGGCUCCAGCACAGACAAGAAGGAUACAGGCCGGCUACACGUGGACUUUGCCCAGGCCCGAGAUGACCUGUAUGAGUGGGAAUGUCGGCAGCGCAUGCUGGCCCGAGAGGAACGCCAUCGCCGACGCAUUGAAGAGGACCUCCUCCGGCCUCCUUCUCCACCACCCAUCGUGCACUACUCCGAGCAUGAGUGCAGCCAGCUUGGGGAGAAGCUCAAAGAUGACUCCCUGUUCCCGGACGCGAUCCGAGUCCUGCUGACUUGGGUGGAGCGUGGGGAGGUGAACCGUCGCAAUGCCAACAAUUUCUACUCCAUGAUCCAGUCCUCGAAUAGUCACAUCCGCCGGCUGAUGAAUGAGAAGGCCACCCAUGAGAAAGAGAUGGAGGAGGCUAAGGAGAAGUUCAAGAAUGCACUGGCUGGCAUCCUGGUCCAAUUCGAGCAGAUUGUGUCAGUAUUCCGCGCUGCAUCCAAACAAAAGGCUUGGGACCAUUUCUCCAAAGCCCAACGCAAGAACCUGGAUAUGUGGAGGAAGCAAGCCGAGGAGAUACGCAACAUCCACAACGAGGAGCUGAUGGGCAUCCGACGGGAGGAGGAGAUGGAGAUGUCCGAUGAUGACAUGGAAGACGCUUCAGAAAGCAAGGACUCAGAUGACUCAGGCCCGGCAGCACAGGUGGAAGCCUUGAAGGAGGAAAACGACAGCCUGCGCUGCCAGUUGGAUGCUUACCGGAACGAGGUGGAGCUCCUGAAGCAGGAGCAGGGAAAGGUGGCAUCGGUGCCCCCGCAGCACAGCGAAGAGGAGGCCACACGCCGACAACAGCUCAGUUUCCUGCAGCAGGCAUUGCAGGGGAUGCAAAAGCAACUCCUGAAGAUUCGCGACGAGCUGAAGCAACGGGAGGCAGAGCUGGAGAGAAGCGCAGAGGAGAAGCAGCGGCUGGAGAGCCAGGUGCAGAGCCUGCAGGAGAGGGGGCGGAGCUUCCCUCUGGCCCAUACGCCCCAGAUGGAGACGGUCGAGCGAGAUGACGGAAUAAGCGAUGAGUCCACUAAUCAGUCCAACGAGUCGGCAGCACCAGCAGUGCUUUCCUGUCCUCAGGAGAAAGAGGCCCCCCUAGAAAAGCUACCACCUAGCCCUGUCAAAUCAGAAAGGGAGGCCCUGCUUGUAGGAAUAAUUUCCACCUUCCUCCACGUCCACCCGUUUGGAGCCAGCAUCGAGUACAUCUGCUCAUAUCUACAGCGGCUGGACACCAAGAUAAGCACCUCCGAGGUGGAGGCCCUGUUGGCACGGCUGCCCUGCACAUUCACACAGCAACUCACGGGCGUGGGUGCCAGCCUUGAGAAGAGGUGGAAGUUUUGUGGCUUCGAGGGCAUCAAGACAACAUAAGUCUUGGAGACGGGCAUGUUGGACUGUCGAGGAAGCACACUUUUUCUGUUGGUCUCACACGAGCGGAGGAACCGGGCCGAGGAGCAGAAGCCAAAGAUGGCGCUCCAGUGCCAGCAGAUUGUCACGCUUCAGGGUUUACAGCUGAACUCAUGGCGGUUCCGUCUGACCCGCUGCAACACGUACUCCAGAACAGCCACCCGAGGAGGCAAUCAGGGUUUGUUGUGUAUCUCCCUACUUUCCAAAACUUUCUUCUGCAUCGGACUCCUCUAAUUUUUUAUAUAUGAAAACAAUCAUGAAUUCAUGUCUUCGCUCAGCAGGGUUGAGUAGCAUACAAAUGUGUAGCCAAACUGAGACAAAAGCAACAGGCGAAAUCUUGAAAACGCAGCAAGCCUUCUGCAAAUCAUAGUCAUCUGGAUAUAUUGCGUUCAUUGGCAGGAACCUGAACAGCUAACACGUCAAAACACUGGAUUCACUCUUUUUUGUACAUGUGGACCAGCUGCCCAGGCUGCAGAGGAGCUCCUUCUCAUCUUGGGAUCUUAAGCCUGCUCAGCUCCUGCUCAGACAUCCUUGCCAGCAACUUAAGACUUGGAGAUACAUCACACCCUGCCUUCCUCUCAACUCCGCAUUCGCUUAUCUCACUUUCAGUCCUCCUGGAGUCGGGAGAUGAUCUAUGAACUCAGCCCACACUUUGCUGGAAGAGAACCUCGAGACUGCAAGUUUUCUUCUGUCUAGGAGAAGGGUUCUGAGGAACAAUCACAAUUAACUGUUAAAGGCAGAGUGGGGAAGGGAAAAAAUUGUCACGCUUCAUUUGAGAACGAUUAUUUAUGCCACCCUACAGGUUUCCAUCUCAUGUAGUUAUUUUUCCUUAUUCCCCAGUUUUUUUCUUUUCAUUUGGUUUUGCAUCGUUUGAAUCUGUCUCAGUCUGUAUAGAGUCUGCAAGUUUUCUCCAUGUUGCCCUCUAACAUUCCAAAGACGCACUUUCAGUUCGA